AUGGAACCUUCCCCCGUGAAUCUCUUUGAAUACGGAGCCACAAACGAUUCCAUCUCAGCCGAGUGGACCAAGCCUAGUGGAGCUAUAGACCAGUACACCUUCUCAUGUUCAGAUGGUACAGAAGAUCCAUCUUCACCAAUAGUGGAAGAUGGCACUUACAUCUACCAGAUAUCUUGUGAGGGACUAUCUACUGCCGGGGCAAACUACACUAUCACUGUCACAUCACAGAGCGGAGAUGAAAGCAGUUAUGAAUCUACAAUCACCAUCACAGCUUAUCCAAACAGUGCAGUUUUGAGAUCUAGUGAAAUCACAACGAGACAGAUAACUGUACAGUGGGAUGAUCCGGAGGGAGAAGAAGAUUACUUCAUUGUAGACUGUGGUGCUGAUUGGAGCACUGAAUUCAUUCUCAACCAUGAUCAAGGGAAAGACAACACUUUUGAAGCAACUUGUAACGUAUCGAUAGCUGAGGCUCCCUAUGACGUUACUGUGACCAGCGUGAGUGGGGAUAAAGAGAGCCCUGUCACUAUGACCUUUACAGCAGCAACUCCAGACGUAGUAACCUUUGAGGACAGUUCAUCAAACACAACGUCAGUUACUGUCACCUGGAAUGUAUUAACUGGAGCUGAUUGGUUUAGAGUGGAAUGCUCUGAGGGCUUCCCAUCCCCUGACUAUUAUCUUCCUGGUUCAGCUACUGAAGUGACUUGUAUUUGGGUCACAUCAGGGGGCAAUCACUCAAUUAGUGUUAUCACUCGGGAAAACAAUGGAGAGAGUCCAGCCAUGGUCGCGUACAUUGUUGCAGGUAAGUUGAUCUUUCAUGUUCACUAAUUAGUCGGUAUCAGUGCCGUUGUUUAGUGUCCAUCUUUCCUACCCCCUUAUAGCCUCUCUCCUAGCAUACUGGUCUUAAUUCAGCAUCCACCUGAGUGAGACCAGAUGCUCUUGUGUC